GGUCACCACGGAGACUUCUUCUUCGCGUAAAAGCAGCGCCCGGUUACGCUCCAACGUUCGGCUCCAUUAAUUUUGUGACAAUCAAUUGCCAACGGGAAAAAUUCAACGGCAAGUAGUUCUCCUUGGACUAUAAAUUGAAGACAAAUUGCAACAUUGAGAGGGGGGAAUUCACACAGAGAAUAAAGCAGCGGCUUGGCCGCUGCUAUGGUGGUCGCCGGCGAUGGUGGCAGGCGGCGCAGCGAACGGCCGGCAGACGCGCAGCAGCUCCAGCUCCGGUGGGCAGCCUCCAUCACAGCUCUAGUUUACUCAAUUUGUUCAUCUUCUUCAACAAUGGACCGCACGACAAGUCCUCAACAGAAGGAAUAUAUUUUAUGCUUAUGGGAGAAUAGGGUCAUAAUAGAUAUGUGUGUGGGAAGGCCCGUAGACUUGUUUUAUCCGGCCCGAAUCCCACCAUUUGAACGAUCUGGGCCUAUUAAAUAUCAAGUAUAUAUAUUAUCGAGGAUGACAUGUUGUGGGCUACUGUUUGAUGAUAAGCAAAUUGGGCCGGGAGCAAGAUUAAUGCUCCACAGCCCGAAGAACCGCGUCCUGAACAGUCCUUCGGACCUACUGCUAUGAGAUGUUUCGUGGACGCUAGGCUGGACUGUUCCCAUUGGAGGGCUGCAUGCAUCUCAUUCGGUUGUGUUUUGUUUGAUCCUGGAGGAGUCUAAUUGGCAGCAGCAAAAAAUGGUAAAAAGAGCGGAAGUCAAGACCAUGUAAAGAGGCUUUGUCGUGGCUCAAGAACGAGGGUGCUCGAGAUGUGAAAGUCUUCUCCGAUUGUGGUGGUUUCAUUAUCUAUUAGUGGCAUUAUUAUGACAUCUUUUGUCUCAAAGAGUUUGGUGGGCACUGGAUGAAUGCCAUGGUGUUGGUUGCAAGUGUGGUUGUCAAGUAAAAAUUGCAUCAGUUUGAUUCAUGAAACUCGAGGCUUUUAUUUUAUAUUGUAGCUUGUUAAUUUUCUUGUCAAGUAAACAUUGCAAGUAGUCUAGCUAAGACAGUGCCUGUUUGUUAAUUUGCUAUAAGACACUA